AUGCCUGUGAAACGCGAAAUAGACUACAACGGAUAUGGGUUCACGGCUGCUGGCGCGUUCUAUGGUAUCACUGUACAGGAUAUCUUCGUACAAGGUAUCCUGUUCUUCAUGUGCGUCCACGGCGUCUCAGUCUUCCUCGAGACACCAAAGCAUCAGCGAGAAGGACGACUACCCUAUAUCCUGCUCUCGAUCUAUCUCGUUAUCAGCUCACUCCUUCACUGUUCUUUGAACGUCUUUCGUAUCUUCUACGGGCUGUACUUGCCGGCGAGCGGUGAAGAGUUUGUCAUGCAGUGGGAUGAUGACCCCUGGAUGUGGGCAACGAUCUUGGCGGGCAUACUCUGGACACUGUAUAUCCUCGUCGCGGAUGGCCUACUGCUCUGGCGCACGUACAUUAUCUGGACGCACAAGAGAUGGGUUUUAGUCCUCCCAGUGCUAACGUUCAUCGCCGUCAUCCCAUUCGGCGCCCUGACUACACGCGAAUAUCUGGUCACCACCGAGACCCGCACGAUGACGACGACCUUCACCCUCCUCAACGUCGCCAAUAACAUCCUCUGCACUGGUCUGAUUACGUACAGACUUGUCCGUGCGCGGAUGGAGUUUUCGCAGUCCAUUCCUGGGCGAAAGCUUGGGGUAUACUCUGGCGUAGUGGCCAUCCUGAUCGAGUCAGCGCUGCCGUUGUCGCUUUUCGGACUGAUCAGUGGGGUAGUGAUGGUGUCAACACCGGCGCCUACGACUCUGGAGGGUGCGAACAGAAUUAUCAAGCUGGACACAGUGCUGAGGUCUAUCUAUGAGAGCGCAGCGCAACUCGCGCCUCAAAUGAUCAUUUUCCGAGUGACGACAGGUCGCUCGUGGAUGAAACCUCCUUCACAUUCAUCAGGAGAAGUCUUCUCUCAGGCGUUGGGAUUCCGUCAUGAACCAGCGGAGAAUACCUUUAUGACAACUCCUGGGCAGGAAUCCCAUCGACAAGGCCAGAUGGAUAUGGACGGGUCCGAUUCCCAGUUGCAUGAAAAGUCUGCUGCAAAAAGCUCAGGACUUCGGAUUGACACUCAGGUUUAG